AUGGUUCGCAUCGGCACCCACAGCGGCUCUUUCCACUGCGAUGAGGCUUUGGGCUGCUUCAUCCUGCGCCAGACUGCUGACUUCAAGGACGCGGAGAUCGUGCGGAGUAGGGACACCGAGACCCUGGCCGGACUGGACGUCGUGAUCGAUGUCGGCGGCGUCUACGAUCCAGCCACCGCCCGAUACGAUCAUCACCAGCGCGACUUCAAGGAGGUGUUUGGGCAUGGUUUCACCACCAAGCUCUCAUCUGCUGGUCUGGUGUACAAGCACUACGGCAGGGAGGUUGUGGCCGGAGUGAUGGGCCUGGAUGCUUCCCACCCUGAUGUGGAGACCGUGUACCUGGCCGUCUACAAGAAGUUUAUGGAGGCUGUGGAUGCCAUCGACAAUGGCAUCAACCAGUGGGAUGCGGAGGGCCCGCCCAAGUACAUUUCGAGGACAGACCUGGGGUCCAGGGUCGCGGGACUCAACCCCUUUUGGAAUGACGAGGAUCAGUCUGCCGAGAGGCUGAUGGAGCAGUUCCUGAAGGCUGUAGAGCUGACGGGCUCUGAGUUUCUGGACUCCAUCAACUACCACUCCAAGGUGUGGCUGCCCGGCAGGAGCUAUGUGGUCGAAGCUCUGGCGGAGCGCAAGGCUGCCGACCCAUCGGGUCGCAUCAUCGUGCUGCGCCACUUUUGUCCCUGGAAGGAGCACCUGUACGACCUGGAGGCCGAGCAGGGGAUUGAGGGCCAGAUUCUGUAUGUGCUGUACGAGGAUGACCGCGAGAAGAAGUGGAGGAUCCAGGCGGUGAGCCAGUCUCCUGGCUCAUUCGAGAGCCGCCAUGCCCUCCCGGCGGCCUGGAGGGGUCUCAGGGACGAGGAGCUGUCCAAAUCAUCUGGGGUGCCUGGAGGCGUCUUCGUGCACGCCUCAGGCUUCAUCGGCGGCGCGGCCACAGAGGAGGGGGUGCUGGCGAUGGCACGCCUGGCCCUGCCCGCCCAGGAAUCCUGA